ACAAUUUAUUGUGGAUUGGUAAAUGAGAUAAUUGACGAAAUCAAUCUUCACAGUUAUUGGAUAGGAAUGCAAUCAAUUUUACCAAUUUUAUCAGAGAUUGCACAAGAUUAUAUUUGGCUUCCAGUUUCUAGCUGUAAUGUAGAACGCAGCUUUUCCAUGUACAAUAAUCUUUUAAAUAAUGAUCGUCAAAGUCUUUCGCUUGAUUCUUUAAAACAAUUAAGCAUGUUAUAUUUCAAUGGCAAUUAG